AAUGUUUCCAGUGGUCCACUGCAAGUACAUAUAACUUCUUUAUCUGGGUGAGUUGAAACUUAUUUAACUUCAUACUUCAUUAGUGCAUAAUUUUUUUUAAAUAACACCAAAUAUGAUGCUGAGAUGCAUCUUUGUAGCCUGUCUUUAUUAUGAUAAAAUAACUAAAUCACAAAAUUCACAUAAAAUAAAAAUGCGAUCAUUGCAUAAGUUACAGUGUAUAAUUUUUUUUUCACAAAAUUAUAGGCAAAUAUUCUAAUAAUUAUCUCUGUGUGUAUUAAGGGACAAUGUUGUGCAACAGCCGACGCCAAAGAGAACAAAACCCACUGCUAAAAAAGUUUCAGAUACACAAGAUGUUGCUCGAAGUAUUUUGACAUCCAUUAUUAAAAAUAAAAAACAAUGUGUUCCCAACCUGAGUUCAACUAAUCAACGGCAAUCAGCACAAAUUUCAAGAGGUUAGCUGACCAAUGUAAAGAGUUUUAAGAAAUUAGUGUUAUAGGGCAAUAGGUAUAAUUAAUAAUUGGGAGAGACCAAACUUUCAUUCCAACAUAAUAGCUGAUGUUUUUUGCUCAGUUCACUUUUCCAUGUGAACACUUGGGAUCAAAGAAAAGACACAGUUCAAUGGAAGUCCUGUUGGAUGUCUGCAUGUCAAUUCCAUAUUCUUGACUGAAUACUCAUGUUCCUAUAACUAUGGAGAGCAGUUACAAUAAUUAUAAUAAUAUGAUUAGUAGCCUUUUUAACAAAACAAAUAAAUAAUAUGGCUUUACAUUUUGACAAUAAAUACUAUGGCUUUUCACAUUUGUUGUACUUUGACAAUAAAUAAUAAGGCUUUUCACUUCAACAAUAAAUAAUAUGGCUUUUGUCCAAUAUCUUAAAAUGUUUAAUUGUUUCAAGCUCAUUCACUCAAACAUCAAUUUGAUCUUUAAAUUUAUUUCUAUCUUCAGCCAAUAAUGGACGACCACGAGCUUCCAUACAGACUGACAAGUUGACAUCUUUCCAUUGUAAUGUUCAUAAAUUGAUGAUUUUAAUGACAGAUACAGAUCCAGGCAAUGUUGAAGAUAUAG